AUGCUCAUAUUCUGUCUUUGUUUGUUGCAGAUGCCAAGAGAUGUCGUUUCAAUUACCACUCGUCAACACUCGCAAGACUGUCGUUGUUUACCAGAUGACAACUGCUGGCCAACACUCCACGAUUGGAAUACGUUCAACCGUAGCGUCAAUGGCCGUUUGAUCCGCAUUCGACCUGUUGGUGCAGUUUGCCACGGAAGGGAGUAUAAUGCAGCGCUCUGUGCUAUCGCCCAGAACUCAACCCAUGAUUCCCUUUGGCGCAUUGAGAAACCAGGGGCAUUACAAUCGGUGACUUGGGAAACCCGGCCAUAUCGCAACAGAAGCUGCUUCAUCGACACUCCUCGUGCGAUACCAUGUGACCAGGGCCGGAUUCCUGUAUACGGGGUCCUGGCGCAAACAGCUCAAGACAUACAAGAGGCCGUUCGCUUUGCGAGCUUCCAUAACCUGCACGUCGCAAUCCGAAAUACCGGCCACGAUGGGAUCGGCAGAUCCAGUGGAGUAGGAUCCUUCCAAAUCAAUGUAAAUCUCUUGAAGGAGAUACAGUUCAUGCAGGAAUUUGUCCCGCAAGGCGGAGACAAAUCUGAGGGAUCGGCAGUGACCAUUGGCGCCGGGGUUUUAGGGCUCGAAGCCUUAGCGGCGGGCCGGGAGCAUGGCGUGAACAUGGUAACGGGGACUUGUAGUACUGUGGCUGCGAGCGGAGGGUUCUUACAAGGUGGUGGACUGGGGUUCUUGGGGCCUGCUUAUGGAAUCGCCUCAGAUAAUGCGCUGGAAUUUCACGUGGUUACUGCCAAGGGAGAUCUGGUGAUCGCCAAUGAGUACCAGAACAAAGACCUCUUUUGGGCCCUGAGAGGGGGAGGCGGUGGGACGUUUGGGGUGGUGGUCAAUACCACGAUUCGCACAUUCCCAGACGUACCAGCGAUCCACUUCCUCUUGACGGCAGAUCUUCCCAGGCAUCCAACCAGGACCAGCGAUGCCGACCAAGCUAUUUGGGAUAUCACCACCGAGCUAACCAACCUGCUCCCUGUGCUGAAACACAAGGACAAUAAGACCAGUGCCAUUAUCGUGCCGCGAUUUCUAGAGGACCGCGCAGUGCUUGAGGCACAUGUCUUGUUCGUCAACACCAGCGACAAAGAUCCCGUGGAAAAGCACCUCAACAUGCUGCACAGUGCACUGGAAGCCAAGGGACUCUCCCCAGCAUACAAAUCCGAGUUGACCAGGUACCCAAAUUUGUCGGCUUGGCUCAAUAUCCCUAGACAAAUGACAGGUGCAGCCUACGGGCUGAUCGAAGGCUCAGUCCUGAUCUCCGAGGACUUGUUCUUCUCGCACAAUGGAACCUCGCAUAUCAUGGACGUGCUUUCCAACUUGGAAUAUAUAGUGGGAGACUCAGUGGAGAUUCUAAUGUCAGUUGGAGGACAAGUCAAAGCAAACAAAUACACUGUCGACAGUGCAUUGCUCCCAUCGUGGCGUGAGGCCGGUUUGCUGCUGACAAUCCGACGAACUUUGCCAACUACGUCUCUGACUCAGAUCAUGGUCAAUAGUCAGAUGCCAAUGGUUCGAGCUCUCCAAGUCCCGCCUUUGGGUUCAUACUACAAUGUUGCCGAUAUUGAAUUGCCAGACUCACGCCGUGCUUUUUGGGGCGAGAACUAUGCCCGACUGUAUUCGAUAAAACAGGUCUGGGACCCAGACGGACUGUUCAUUGUGAGGAUGGCUGUUGGGAGCGAGGAUUGGGAUGAUGAGGGAAUCUGUCGGGUGUAG